UCUUCCUCCUUGCCUCUCUUGCCAUUCCAGGAUGUUGUGGACCACCCUUAUCCUAGCUGCCGUGCUGCCACUUGCGAAGGCCACAGUCUAUCCCGAUGAGACCCUGGACUCUCAGUGGGAGCUGUGGAAGAAGAGCCACAAGAAGGAAUAUAACGGAAAGAUGGAUGAGGUCUCCAGGAGGCUCGUGUGGGAGAAAAAUCUUAAAUACAUCAACACUCACAACCUGGAAUUUUCUUUAGGAAGACACACUUUUGAACUGGCCAUGAACCACCUGGGAGAUUUGACCAGUGAAGAGAUCGUACAGAAGAUGACCGGGCUCAAAGUCCCUCCAUCACGUACGCCCCGGAACGACACCCUGUUCGUCCCAGACUGGGAGAAGCGGGUCCCCGAUGCCAUGGACUACAGGAAAAAAGGCUACGUGACCCCUGUCAAGAAUCAGGGUCAAUGUGGUUCCUGCUGGGCUUUUAGCUCCGUCGGGGCCUUGGAAGCACAACUCAAGAGGAAGACGGGGAAGCUGCUGAAUCUCAGCCCGCAGAACCUCGUUGACUGCGUCACUAACAAUGACGGCUGCGGAGGCGGCUACAUGACCAACGCCUUUGAAUACGUGAAGGAGAACCGAGGCAUCGAUUCGGACGAUUCCUAUCCGUACAUCGCCCAGGAUGAAAGCUGCAUGUACAACCCGACCGGAAAGGCAGCCAAGUGUCGUGGUUUCAGAGAGAUCCCCGCAGGGGACGAAAGGGCUCUGAAAAGAGCCAUCGCCCGGGUAGGACCUGUAUCUGUGGGCAUCGAUGCCAGUUUGGCUUCCUUCCAGUUCUACAGCCGAGGCGUGUAUUACGACGAGACCUGCAAUGCUGAAAACAUCAACCACGCGGUCCUGGCUGUGGGCUACGGAACUCAGAAAGGCACCAAACAUUGGAUUGUCAAAAACAGCUGGGGAGAAGAAUGGGGCGAUAAGGGCUACAUCCUCAUGGCCCGGAAUAUGAACAACGCCUGCGGAAUUGCAAACUUGGCCAGCUUCCCCAAGAUGUGAUCCCGCUUCUCGCUUCCUCAUCGCGCCCGGCCCAGCUGUUGUCAGCAAACAGCUGGAUCCCUGAGCUGACGUCACGGAGCCCGGGCGAGGGACUUGAAGGACGACCAUCUUGUUCGCAGGCGUUUCCGAUAGCGUAUUAAAAGGCUCAACCUAUUUCGUUUUUUUUUUACACAAAGUGUUUUAUCUUUCAUUUCUCCUUUGCAAAAAGAAUAGAGGGUGGGGGAGCUUCGCUAACACCAGGAUCUUUUUCUUGCGCUCCUUAAAGGCCAGUACAAAUAUAGAAUAGAAAAAUGGCA